GACAAAGCAUCGGAAAACUAGCUAGUAGUAAUCAUUGUAACUGUAAUUAGCUGUUGAUCCAUGUCUGGUUCGUGGGCGCCUCUCGUCGUCCUGGCGCUGCUCGCCUCGGCGGGCAAUGUCGCCGUGGACGGCAGGGCGCCUGCCGCGACGGUGCACCGCAACCACGGCAGGUUCAAGGCGGGGCCAUGGAAGCCGGCGCACGCGACCUUCUACGGCGGCCGCGACGGGUCCGACACGCGCGCCGGGGCGUGCGGGUACAAGGACACGGUGGCGGAGGGGUACGGCCUGCAGACGGUGGCCGUGAGCACGGCGCUGUUCAACGGCGGCGCGACGUGCGGGGCGUGCUACGAGGUGCGGUGCACGGACAGCCCGGGCUGGUGCAAGCCCCCCGCCGGCGCGCCGCCGCUGAUCGUGACGGCGACGAACCUGUGCCCGCCAAACUACCAGCAGCCGAGUGACAACGGCGGGUGGUGCAACCCGCCGCGGGAGCAUUUCGACCUGACCAUGCCGGCGUUCCUACAGAUCGCCGAGGAGAAGGCCGGCAUCGUGCCGGUCUCCUACCGGCGGGUGCCCUGCGCGAAGGCCGGCGGGAUCCGGUACACGAUCACGGGGAACAAGUACUUCAACAUGGUGACGGUGACCAACGUGGGCGGCGCCGGCGACGUGGCCGGGCUGACGGUGAAGGGGAACAAGCGCGUGAAGUGGACGCCGCUGAAGCGGAACUGGGGCCAGGUGUGGCAGACCGGCGAGGACCUCACCGGCGAGUCGCUGACGUUCCGCGUCAUGACCGGCGACCACCGCAGGCACACCUCCUGGCACGUCCUCCCCCGCGACUGGCAGUUCGGGGUCACCUACCAGGCGCCCAAGAACUUCUGAAUGAAUGAAUCAUCGUCGCCGUGAAUAUCCAUCACCCAGUGAUUCAAUUUGUCCGCCGAUCGAGAUGUAAAACUGAUCGAUCGCUGAUGCUGCCAGGCGCUCACGAAUCUGUCUAUCGCUGUAAAACCUAAACGAUACGUGCAUGCAGAAACAAGAGAACGUUCAGAUA